AUGCGCCGAGAGCUUAAGAAUGUUCCUCGUUCUAGCAGCACUCCGUUAUCCCCGCCCCUGCAGCGCCUUCUCUCGGCUCUCCGCGCCUGGCUUGCUGCGUCCGCUGCGCCGGAUGCCGCGCCGGUGGCUCCGCCAGCGGCGGCGGGGCAGGCGGAGGCCGUAGGGCGGGACUGCGCGAGGAAGCCCGCGCGCGUGCGCGUGGUGAGGGCUGCGGAGGCCGUGAGUGAGGGGAUGCUGGCGGAGGGCACACGGGGAGGGGGAGGUGCUGACGGAAAGGGGAAUGGAAUCGACAAUGAGGAGAAUGCGGGUGAUGCUAACGGGAAUGUGACUAAUGCGAAGGGGAACGCAGUUGAUGGUGUGGAUGCAGAAGCAGAAGACAGCUUGGGAUGGCAGGUGCUGUGCGGCUGCGAUGCGCCUCGGCUGAUGGUCCAAGCCAUGGCUGCUGCAAGGUACGGUGAGAGGUGCGAAUGCGCAUGCUGCCAUGCAGCAGUCGCAGCGGCUAUGGCGUCACUGGCUGGCGUCUCACCUCUUCCUGCUGCUCCCCCACCACGCCCUCUCUGUCUUCUGAAGCGCCUCAAAAGUGCGUCCAUUACCUGCUGUAACCUCUUGCUUCAUCCCCCCCCCAGCAGGUGCGAGUGCGCAUGCUGCCAUGCAGCGGUAGCAGCAGCCAUGGCGUCACUGGCGUCACUCCUCUUCCUGCUGCUCCCUCACCACGCACUCACUGCCUUCUUCCCUGCCCCCGUCCCCGGCCCCACUGCAGCAGCGCGCUGCAUUGCUGACGUGGCGACGUCCCCUCUCGGCGCCCACCUGGCCAGUCAACACAACGCCCUGCAUGCGCUGCUCUCUUCUCUAUCGUCAUGGCAGAGAGAUGAUGGGACGGAGGCAGAAGGGAGACGAAGAGAAAGGAGUGGAGAAUGUGGGGAGGCGGAGAGGGAGGAGGAGGAGGAGGAGGAGGAGGAGGAGGAGGAGGAGGAGGAGGAGGAGGAGGAGGAGGAGGAGGAGGAGGAGGAGGAGGCGGAGGAGGAGGAGGAGGAAGGGGAGGAAGGGGAGAAUGAGAGGAGUGCAGAGGGCCAGACACAGGAGCACCUGCACACACAUGUGGACGCCCUGUGGUCGCUGCUCUUCCUCUCCCAUUCCCAACCCACACGUUCUCAUUCUCACUCUCACUCUCACUCUCACUCUCACUCUCUCCCUCUCGCAUCCAUCAGUCCACCUCUUCCCUCCACGUCUCCCCACCUCCUCCCGCCUCUGCCGCCCUCCCCCCUACUCGCGUCAGCCCUGGCCUUGCUCCGCCGGGAAUACUCCCGCAUUCACAGAAAGGACAAUUCGCGCCACCCGCAGCAGUCCCAGAUGGAUGGCAAGCGGUGUCAUCUAGCGGCUGUGAUGGCCUGGGUGGGGAUGGCGCUCGCUGUGAAGGCAAGAGGCGGGGUGAAUGGCAAUGCAGCAGAGAGAGGGGGGAUGGAGACAGGGGGGGAUAUGCCUGAAGCGAGUGUGAGUGCAGAAGCAUGUGUGGGGGGAGCGUAUGUGCCUGAAGCGAGUGUGACUGAAGCGAGUGUGACUGAUGUGACUGCAGAAGCACAUAUCAGGCAGACAAACACGAGGGCAGAAGCAGGCAGCAGGCGAGCAGAGCAGCUGUUGGGCAUGGCAGCAGGCUCAUGGACUGUAUUCCUGUCCACAGUAUGGGAGACGCGCCCCUUCCUCUUCAGAGCUCGUGGGGGAAGAAGAGAGGUAGCACACCAUUUGCUCCCACACGGAGCACAUCAUCAGUUACUCCCUGAGGAAGAUCAGUCUCCCGAACCAAAGGAAGGCCCUUGCCGUCUCUUAAGCCAUCACUUGGUGAGGCGCAUGGAAAAUGGCCGACUCUCUCUCACAAGUCAAGGCCCUUCCCUGGCUGCUCUGAUCCGCGCCAUUCCACACCUUGGGACUGCCGAUGGGCUCCUGGAUUUUUUUCUGCCCGGGGCAGCGCACUGCCCGGGAAUGAAUGCCGGUGAAGCCGACCCGUUCGCUGCUCUGAGGGAUAUGUCCGUGGCAGGCGAGCUUGGGCGGCCUCUCUUGUCCUCAUCUGACGUGUCCUUUGUUUGUUCUCAGCCGACUGCUGUGGGGGGGUCUGCAUGUCACCAUCAUGCUUCAGAGACUGCUGCAGAGGAUGAAGCAGCAGGAGAGGGGGAAGCAGCAGCAGAGGGACGAGCGUGCAAGCGCAGGCGUGUCACUGCAACCACCUUGCCAUCUUCUUCCCUACCAGCUUCAGCCUUACCAGCUUCAGCCCUGGCAUCAUCAACCUCCCCAGCGUCAACGCCCCAGCACACCUCAGCACUUGAGCCCUCCCAUCAUCAGCACACCUCGCAAUCGCUACCAAACCUGUUAACCGAUUCAGCCCCACCAAACCCCCCGACCCUCCCAGCCCACCCACAGUCAAGCCCCUUCCGUGCAGCCUUCUCCCACGGCAGUACCAUCGCCCUCCGCAGCGUCAACAACCAUCCCUCUGCCCUAGCCGCCGUCACACACGCCACGGCCACACCCAUCACCCCGAGAACCUUACCACCAUCAAACCCUUUCCGUGCAGCCUUCUCUCACGGCAGCACCAUUGCCCUCCGUGGCAUCAACUGCCGCUCGCCUGCUGUAGCCGCCCUCGCACGCGCCAUCGCUGCCGCCCUCUCCCUGCCAGCUGUCGGGGUCAACCUCUACCUCACGCCGGGCGGCGGGCGGCAGGGCUUGUCUCGACACUGGGAUGACCACUGUGUGCUCGUGUGCCAGGUGAGCGGGUGCAAGCGGUGGCGGGUGUUUCCCCCCACGCCGGGGAACGAGCUACCCCGCCUCUUCUCCGUGCCUGGCCUUGAAUCAGCCCACGCUGCGCUUGAACCAACCGGCCCAGGCGCACGCACAGCAGGAAGAGAAUCGGAUUCCAAUACAGCGGCUGAUGAAUCUAGAGGGAGGAAUGGUGUGGCAGAGCGUGGCAGUGGUGCGAGCGGCCAAUGUGGAGUGCAGGAGGGAGGAAAACCAGGCCAGGAAGCCUGUGAGGACGUCGCAAAGCAAUGCGCAAUGCGUGAGGGAGAAAGCGGGUUGACUUGCAGCAGUGCAGUUGCCCAAGCAGGUGGCGGUGAUGCUGGUGGGGAGGGGGCGCACUGUGAGGCGCCUCUAGACAAGCAGGGGGAGGAGGAGGAGGGGUGGGUGCCAAUAGGGCGGCAGUUUGAGCUGAGGCCAGGAGACGUGCUUUACAUCCCUAGAGGAUACCCCCAUGAGGCUUGCACUCCCCACGAGCCGUGCGCUCCCCAUGAUCCGUGCACUCCCUGUGAGCGGUGCACUCCAGUCAGGUCCCAGCAACCCCUUGGUCUACGACUAUCACACGAGGAGCCCUCUGUGCAUCUCACGUUUGCUCUUGAAGUGGACGCUCCUUACACGUACGACACUUUCUUGAGUCCUCUCUGGCUCCCUUUGCUCCUGCGGCCUUCCCUUUUGGGACACGUGUUUUUUUAA